AUGGGAAGGCAGCCGAAGGCAGCCUAAAUAUUUACAUCUUAAAGUACUUUUGGUGGUUUCAUUAUUAUUUGUCACAAUGAUAGACGGAAACAUAUCAAUGGAGGAGGACACGGAGUUACGAGACCUAGUGGUACAGACUCUAGAAAAUAAUGGAGUUCUUGCUAAAGUCCGGGCUGAACUUCGAGCCAGUGUCUUCUUGGCGCUUGAAGAACAAGAAUCCGUAGUUAAUCCCGAACCACUUUUAAACAAAACAGUAAAACAGUACCUGGCAAAUUCAGAAGGAAAAUUAUUAUUUUCAUUAGUUAGAGAAUUUUUAGAAUACUUUGGGUUGGAUUACACAAUAUCUGUUUACGAUCCAGAAACUUAUAUUGGAAAGGAGUACAAUUAUAUGGGCAGAAAUAAAUUGUGUGAAAAAUUGGGUAUUAAUUCAACAGAACCAUUGCUUGGGGAAUUACUUAAGAACAGCAUUAAUGGUGCCUUCAAUAAUUCAAAGAAUGAAACAAUAAAUGAUAGCAAUUUAAAAUCAUGUGAAACAAGCAAUAUAAACAAUGCAACAUUUGAUGUAUCAAUUCCAAAAAUAGCCCAUAAAGAAUCAGUAUCACUAUCAAAUGACAAUGACUCAUCGGAAAAAGCCGAAAGUAUUUCGGAUUUUAGUCAAGAUAUUCCAAUAAACGUGACAAUAACAGAUAAAAAAACGUCCGGUAAAAUAUUAACUAAUGCAGUAAUCGAUACCUCAAGUUGUGAAGUAAAUAAUAAAUCACUCAGGGAAAGUGUAAGUGUGGAUCUCGAUGAUUCUCAACAGGACAACAAAUUAGAUGACUGUGAAACUGCUAACAACAAUUCAUCAUCCGCCCAAAAUAAUCAAAAUUCCGGCUCGGUAACACCAAACUGCCCCUCGUAUGAAUCUAAAAAUGACAAUGAGUCACAUAUACUAUUAAAUAAGAGUGAGCAUUUAAUCAAGUUUGACGAGUCGACGAUCGUUGACCCGCAAUUGAAUUCAAAUGAGGAUGAAUCAAAGUCUAAAACACCAGCAACACUUUCAGCGACAGCUGUCAGCGUUGCACUACAAAAUACAAACAAUGCUCAAAAUUUACGUAAAGUUGAUGUGGAUAAUAAUUCUAUUGGUAAGACUGUUUAUUUUGAAGAGAUAAUAGUUGAUGGUAAAUUAGAAAAAGUCGGAGCGGCUAAAAAAAAUGAAUCACUGCUCGGAGAUUUGCCGCCUCUCGUCCCGAAAACAAACUCUAUUUUUAGCGACUUACCUCCUCUCAAUGGAAAAAAAACAAACAUUAAUGAUUUAAAGGAAUUAAUGGACAUUGGCUUGACAGAUGUAGAUAAUUAUGAAGAAGAUUUUGUAUCAUCAGCGUCCGGCAGCACAAAUGAGCAGAGUCCAGCAAAAAAUCCCGAUAAGAAUGAGGAGCAGAGUCCGGUGAAGAAGCAGCAGCAGCAGAUUGAUGAUAAAAGUCAGAGCGCUCGGAGCGAAGAAAUAAGCGAAGAGAUCGACGAAAUAGAAGAGGUACUGAGCACUAAUAUUUCUUGUCUUGAUGAUACCACCGGGGAUAAAAGUAUGACUAAUUUCGGGACGAGUAAUACGCUGGACUGUUCUGGAGAAGCGUAGUUUGUAAUUUAUUGUUAUUUAUAAUCGUAAUUACCAGGAGAGUCUUUUUUGUCUAACGAAAGAACGGAAUCCGUGGAUCAUACUUCGAACUCUUAUAAAUCAUGAUGAUGAUCAUCAUAAAGAAUUCAUGCGGUUGCGAUUUUUCAUUAACGAAAAAUUAAAGACACUUGAGCGGUUCAAUGUCCCUAAUUCAGGACACGGACACUGCCAGAGACGGCUCAAUGUAUAAUUGGUAAGUUGCGCUGCAAAAAAACGUAGAAGGAAUUAGUCUGAAUAUUAUUCUAUAACUAUUUCUUACCCUCACUCUCACUCUCGCUCUCUCAACUAUCGAAUUUUACCCAUAAUUUUUUUGUACAGAGAUAAAUAUUAUAAAAAAAUGAAAUAUUUUUCUACAUUUUGUAGUACAAAUACAAUUUAUUAUAAACAAUACAAAUGUAUAGAAAGCUGAUGGUUUGGCGAAUAGAGUUUAUUGAUAUAAAAUAAAAAUAAUAACUCGGAUAACAGAUUAUAUAUUAAAAUUUUAAAUUGUUUAUAUAUUUGGACAAGUUUCCUCCUGCGUUAUUCUGCAAAUGCGCUUAGUAUUACUAUUAUUAUUAUUAUUAUCAUUAUUAUUAUUUAAAAAUAAUUAUAAAUAGUAACUGUAUUACGUUUACCAGAGAGAUCAUUUAUGGACUGUAAAAGUAGUGACGUUUGUUAACGUCAUUGAUAUUUAAAAAAUUACUGUUCCACUUUGCCCGCUGUAAUUAACAUUUUUUUUUGUUUGUUCGUUAAUCGUAAAAAUAUUUCUGCAUAUAUUAUGACUGUUGUGUAUUACCUCAUUUGACUGAAGCUAACUGCUAAAGUAUCCGAAAAAGAUACUGGUAAAUCAUCCGUCUUAAACAAAAUGGAUUGCCUGAAAAAAAAACAAAUCUAUCAAGUUAUUUUUUCUUAAAGAUAAUAUGGUGCUAAGUGUUUUUUAAAAUUUAAAUUAUCUAUCAGAAUUUAAGUAAAGUAAAGUAAAGUUAAGUACUUGUAUAUUUUUUCUUGCUGACUGCAAGGACUUGGAUAUUAAAUAUUUAAUAAAAAUAGUAAUAAUUAAUAAAUGAAUACGACUAAUGAGUAAUUAGUAACGACAAAAGUUUUAUAAAACAAUUGUUUUAAACUGUAGAAUGAUGUAUACUAUUGUGAUUUUUGGGCAAUCCAAUACAGUGAGAAUUAUUAAAGCAAUUCCAAUUAAAUGAUACGAUAAAUCAUUUCAUCUUUAUGAUGUAUUAAAUUUAAUUUUUAAAAAUAAAUAAAUAAGAAACUUGAGUACAAUUUAAAAUUUUAAAAUUGACUCAAUAAAUUUUUAACGCUGUAUAGAAUAUAUAUCUCGUAUUGCGUAUUUAAUUGUAAGAGACAUCGAUCAAUUUUUUCAUGUUCAUUUUUUUCUGCUAUAACUAUAGUAUAUAUAUCGCGUUACUAAUUCCAAUAGGACAUAUUUUUUUUUUUUACUACCAAUCGUUUUGGGGAGUUGAUUUAAAGCUAAAAAUUAUGCACGUCAUUUUGGAAUUGAUAACGUGAUAUAUUUAACUUGUAAAAUUUAUGAGAUAUAAAAAGUAAUGAAAAAAAAAGAAAAUGGAAAAAUACAUUUAUAAGGCUGCAUUUAAAAAAAAAACUGAGCUUGACCAACAUUCGCCCGUAAAUUUGAAAAAUAUAAACCAACAAAUAAUUACAAAGUAAGCAGGUGUGUUCCUGACCAAUCGACGUGGUUACAUUUUGUUAUCAAAGUAUAUAUACGUAAUUAAUCAGUCACGCGCUUUUUUAACCCGCGAGACUGAUUAAGAAAAAAAAAAGAAGUAAAAUAAUUUAAAUUCAGGACUGCAUUGAACAUUCCCUCGUAUAAUUUAUUAGCGAAUACAUUCCAAUAUAUUUCUGAUUAUAAUUUACGUUGUAACAAUUAAAGAUAAUAUUUAAUUAUAUAUUUUUCAUCACUAAAAAAUAUACAACACAAUACAGAAGUAAAUUUAAAAAUUUAUAUUUUUAAAUUAUUUACACAGAAAAUUAAUUAAAUAUUUUGUUAUUAAAAUUGAAAUUAAUCGUCUUUAAUUUCCGAUCAUUAGUCCAUUUAAUUUAUAUAUUGUUGCUACUGAAAUACUUUUUUAUUUAUAAUUAUAAUAAUAAUUAUUAUUAUUAAUUAUUUAGCAGUUAAUACUAGAAUAAUUUACUUUUUUAAUUGAAUAGACUCGACAUAAUUAUAAGUAAUUAAUUAAAUAAUUAUUAGUAUGCCUGUUAAUUAGUUAAGAAAGAUAAUUAUCAAUGAUAUAUAUAUUUUCACAUAAAUAUACAGAAGAUAUUGAGGACAAUUCGUAACCACGUUGAAUAUAUUGGUAGCUAUAUUGUGCCUUUUAGCGUCUAUUGAUAAUUAAAGUAAUUAAUUUAAUGAUAAAACAAUGCAAAUAAUAUCGUGGAAUUGUAAGUGGAGUUGUCAUAUUAUCACAACUAAUUAUACGCUAAUUUGUUAUAUAUAUUUUGACAACCACCACAUUUUUAUAGACACUAUUUAUUUCGAUAUUUUUAAAAAUCAAUUUAUUUAAUUAACACCGAUUAUUUUAAAUAUUUUUAUGUACUUUAUAAUAUUUAUUGUGCAUGCUUUUAAUCAUAAUUUGUUGUAACUGUUUAUCGUAAUGUUUUAUUUGUUUAUUUUAUUACUAUUAUUUUAAUUGCAUUUAUCUGCAUGAAUUUAAAUGAAGAUAUAAAAUUAUAGAAUAGAAAUAAUGAAUAAAUUUAUAGAGCUUCCGGUUUAUUAUUAAAUCUGGAGAUACUUUAUACCUUACUGAGCAUUGUAUAUAUUAUUAUAUAUAUAAACAUGAAUAGUUUAUAAUUUCAUAAAUAUAAUGGAAUUGAUUUAUAAUUAUAAUCUUCGUAUGUAAACUUUUAUCGAAAAAAAAGAAAUAAUCAAAUGAUGGAAUCAAAUAUUAUUGAAAACACAAUUAUUUUUUAUUAAAAUAGUUUUAAAUGCGAUUUAUUAUUAUUUUAUACACUAUCAAUUAAUAAAAAGUGGAUUUUUGAUCCUUCAGAACUAGGGCGUAGAGAUUCUCUCACAUUUUUUUAAAUUUCAAAUGGGGGUAAAUGUAGCAGACAUAUGACAAUUUUUUAAUUACAUAUAAAAAAAUUUUUAAGAAAUGCAUGUGCUGAAUGUUCAAUUGUCUUUACAUGAAAUUUUUUAUUUUUAUUUUAUAAGCAUUUUAAUUUAUUAUUUAAAAAUUUUAAAAAUUGUCAAAUGCCCGCUAAUUUUACUGUCAUAAUUUCAAGUGGAAUGACCACUUGGAAACUUUUUACCUUCACAAAAUUUUAUGCUCUACAUGAUACUAAAAAAAAGAUUUUCAACUCAAAAUAUGAAAGAAUCAAAAAUAUUUUUAAACAGCUGAGAGUUUCUCUCGUCGCUUAAAAAAAUGAACAGUUUUAUUAUUUAAAAUUUAUAAAUAUUCCAUCGAAGUUCUUAAAUAUUUUUGUGGCCGCCCAAUAGUUGUAUUGACUUUUGUGGAAUUUAAAUAAAUAAAAUAACUCGACACUAGAUUUAUAUUCAUGUGAAAUAGAUAUAAAUAAUGUUGUUCCUAUGUAAUUUGUAAAAAAAAAAAAUUAAUUUAAAUUUUAAAGAAAUGAUAGUAAGUGUAUUCAGU